AUGAGUUCAAUUGUUGACGAUGGUAUUUCAUUUAGACCAUUAGAUAUCGACGAUUUUGAUAAAGGAUAUUCAGAAUGUUUACAACAAUUAACAGAAGCAAAAUUUACAAAAGAACAAUUUAUAGAAAGAUUUAAUCAAAUUAAAAAACAAUCAGAUACCUAUUUUUUAAUCGUUGCUGUUGAUGUAAAACUAAAUAAAAUCAUUGCAUGUGGAUCAUUAUUUGUUGAAAAGAAAUUUAUAAGAAAUUGUGGAAAAUGUGGUCAUAUUGAAGAUAUAGUUGUAAAUAAUAAUUAUAGAGGAAAAAAUUUAGGUUUAAGAAUAAUUGAACAAUUAAAGUGUAUUGGAUCUCAAGCAGGUUGCUAUAAAAUUAUUUUAGAUUGUUCAGAAGCAAAUGUUAAAUUUUAUGAAAAAUGUAAAUUUGAAAGAAAAGGUGUUCAAAUGUCAAUUUAUUUACCAACUCCACCAAAAUUAUAA